AUCACUGCUCUCUGCCACUGCGGAUUAGCGCCUGCGCCGCUCCCUUCACAUCGUCGGCCGGCGCCAUGGCCUCUCCGUCCCCGUCCUCUCCCACUGACCGCCGCCGCAGGCACACCAUCUACCACGGCCACCGCCGCGCCUCGCCGCACCGGCCCACAGUCCGCGGCGGCCUCUUCACUGAUCUCCGCUUCCCCUCCACUAUACACCGCCCUUCCUCCUCCCCCUCCACCGCCACCGCCUUCCGCCUCCGUGACUGGGAUCCACACUCGCCCUCUUCCUCGUCGUCUGCUCGCUCUCCGUCACCUCCUUCCGCCUCCUCCUCCUCCUCCACAUCCGCCUCCGCUCGCCGCCUCUCCCCGCUCGCGCGCUUCCUCCUCGACGCGCUCCGCCGCCACCAGCGCUGGGGACCGCCCGUUGUCGCCGAUCUCUCCAAGCUCCGCCGCGUCCCUCCAUCCCUCGUCGCUGAGGUCCUCACCGCGCGCCCUCCCCCGCCGCCUCCGCUCGCGCUCCCGUUCUUCCUCUGGGCGGGCCGCCAGAAGGGCUUCCGUCACUGCUUCCCAGCUUUCCAUGCCCUCGCCUCGCUACUGUCCGCGGCGGGCCUCCCAGCCGCGGCUGACCAGCUCCCCGACCUCAUGCGCGCGCACGGCAGACCGAUCUCCCACCCGCAGCUCACCCUCCUCGUCCGCCUCCACACCGCCGCGCGCCGCCCCCUCCGCGCUCUGCACGCGCUUCGCCGCUUCCGCCACGAGUUCGACGUCCAACCCCAGGUCCACGCGUGCAACCGCGUCCUUGGCGCGCUGGCUGCUGCGGGCCACGUUGAGGACGCGCUCAAGCUGUUCGAUGAAAUGUCGGAGGGUGGUGUGCAGCCCAUCCCAGUGACGUUUGCCAUCAUGGUUCGUGCACUAGCACACGCCGGAAUGGUUGAUAGGCUUCUGGAGAUGAUUGGGAGGAUGCGGAACGAGGUGUGUCGGCCUGAUGUCUUUGUGUACACUGCACUGGUGAAGACAAUGGUGCGGAGGGGGUAUAUGGAUGGCUGCAUGAGGGUUUGGGACGAAAUGGAAAAGGAUGGGGUGGAGCCAGACACAAUGGCAUAUGCUACUAUGGUCGGGGGACUCUGCAAGGCUGGGAUGGUGGAGGAAGCAGCAGAAUUGUUCAAGGAGAUGAGGAGCAAGGGGUUACUGGUGGACAGGAUGGUGUAUGCAUCGCUCAUUGAUGGGUAUGUUGCUGUUGGCAGGGUUGGGGAUGGGUGUAGGUUGUUGAACGAGUUGGUUGAUGCUGGCUACCGUGCUGACCUGGGGAUAUAUAACACACUUAUUAUUGGGCUGUGUGGCAUAGGUAGGGAGGAUAAGGCUCAUAAGUUAUUUCAGAUUGUUCUUCAGGAGGACCUUAUGCCAAGUUCUGAUACUGUUUCACCGUUGCUAGCUUGUUAUGCCGAAAAGGGUGAAAUGGUUACAUUUUUUGGGUUGGUUAACAAACUGGCAGAGAUGGGCUUGUCUGUUGUUGAAAUGUUAGUAGAUUUUAUGAAGCUCCUUGCAGGAAAGGAUGGUAGGGUAUUGAAGGCUGUGGAAGUGUUUGAUGCAUUGAGACAAAAACAGUAUUGUAGUGUUGGCAUUUAUAAUAUUCUUAUUGAAAAUCUGCUGAAGAUCAAGGAUAGGAAGAAAUCACUUUUGUUGUUUGAAGAAAUGCAAAGCUCAGUUGAUUUUAAACCAGAUUCAUGUACAUAUAGUCAUAUGAUCCCAUGUUUCGUGGAUGAAGGAAAUGUCAAAGAGGCCUGCUCAUGCUACAACACCAUGAUGAAGGAAAAUUGGAUACCAAGUAUGUCAGCCUACUGUGUUCUUGUGAAAGGGCUUUGCAAGAUGGGGGAGAUCAACACAGCCAUAUCACUUGUUAAAGAUUGUCUUGGAAAUAUAGAAAAUGGGCCAGCUGAAUUUAAAUACACCUUGACUAUUCUGGAAGCUUGCAGAUCAAAAAGACCAGAGAAAGUCAUCAAUGUGGUGUAUGAGAUGAUUGAAGUAGGUUGUUCAAUGGAAGAAAUUGUCUAUUCUGCUAUCAUAUAUGGCUUCUGCAAGUAUGCAAGUUCAACUGAGGCGAGACAGGUAUUCACUAUCAUGAGAGAUCAAAAUAUCUUAUCAGAAGCCAAUUUUAUUGUUUACGAGGACAUGCUGAACGAGCACUUAAAGAAGGCCACUGCAGACUUGGUGAUAUCUGGAUUGAAGUUUUUUGACCUUGAAUCAAAAUUGAAAUGGAGAACCAGAAUUGAUUGAAGAAAUAUCUAUAUAGUUACUUGGUACAAACUUCUCUUCAUUCUGAUUUCAGAUUUUAACUGUUGGAUACAUAUCUCUACUACUUAUUAAGAGCGUAAGCAGUGGCGGAGCCAAGGCUCGGCUAGUUAGUUGGUUAGUCAUAGCCUCAUAGGGCUAUUUAUAAGCCGCAUGGCAGCAGGGAAUACAUCAAGCAAGAUCAUUAUCAAACCAAUCUCUCUCUCUUGCAAUGACCCUCUCAAGCGCCUAGGGCUGCUACCCUAGAACCAAGCCUGCGGCAGAGGGGUAUAACCUCGCCGGAGAAGACAGCUAUCCCCAUGGACCAAAGGUCCAUGACAGCCGGGGUCGGGAUCUUACUUGUCACAAAUGUUGAGGAUAGUGCCAAUAGAUUCAUCUGCGCUUGUGUGGUAGUGUUCUACACAUCACUUUAACAUAUUGAGAAAGUGGAGUUUUUGAGGGGCCAGAAUUGGAGCGUUACACUGACUAGGAGCAGGGCUUCACCCUCCUCAAGCCAGCCUCCUGGCCCAAGGUGGAGAAGAUGGGCGUGACAGCGUUGUUUCAACAGGAGGGUGAAGGGAGCAACAAUAUUGGGUUUGUCGUCAACCUUCGGCUUAAUUCGCUGACGGAGUUCGGGACGCCGCCAGUUCAUCGCGGGCAAACUUCUGCAAGCAGAGAAGAAAAAGGAUGUUCUCAGUGGGAGAGAGAUCAGGUCAUGGCGGCCUGGCAGUGUAUGAAAUUGAGUACACACUGGAUAGCACUAGGUGAGGGAUGAAACAGAUCUUCUCGGGUGCAUUUGUUGCUUCAAGGAAGCUUUAUCUGCUCAACAUAGCCUAUUCAGACACCCGGACAGUGAGUCAAGAAUUGUUCUGGACAAAGCAUUCCAUUCUUUUGAUUAUGUAUAGUUUAUAUUUUCUAUGGCAGAAAAUAUAGUCGUGAGUAUUUGUUUGUUUGUAAAAAGAGUGCUAAUCAAAAGGUUGCAUUGUCGUCUUGUCCAGUACUAUUGCACCUUUAUCAGUGAUGUCAGGCUAUAAGUAAUUUCAGUUUAGAUAAUGAACUUCAUCUUGCACAUAUUGGUAACAUUAUUUGUGUCGAAAGCAGUAAAAUGUCGUGAUCUUAAUUCCUAGCCUAACACUACUGCAUUUGUAAUAUCUUGGACUUGAAAUUUUAUACAGUGGAGUACAUCUAUAUUUUUUUGAGA